AGGGAUGCGGCCCAGGCCCCCGCGCCCCGCCACCGCGGCGCUGCUGCUCCUUGGGCCAUGGCUCGCGCCCCGGUCGCCAGCGGCAGUGCAGCCGCGGGCGCGGCAGCAGCGGGCAUCGGCGGCGCCCGGGCGGCCGCUCCGGGCGCGCCGCAUGCGGCCCGAGCAGCGCAGCGGGGACCGGAGGAUUGGCGCGCCAGCGCGCAGCAGCUCGGCGAGCAGCUGGAUGCCGGCACUGCGACAAAGAAGGCCUACAUGCAAGCGCUCAAGUCUCUGGCCGGAGAUCUUGAUCAGCAGACUAGCGCGGAGGAGACGGCCGAGCGCUACCGCUGCUUCCGGGGGCUGCGCGAGCGCGUCGUCGCCGCCUUCGCGGCCGAGCGCGGCAGCCCCGACAUCUCGCUGUUGUACCUGCGCCUGGCUGCGCGCGCUGGCGAUCCGGACACCGCGCUCGAGCUGCUCCGGGACAUCAAGCGGCCUAAGCUCCGCGACUUCCUGCCGAUCUUGCUAGCCUACGCCAGCCAGGGCGCGCACGAGAAGGCCGAGGUGUUCUACAGAGAGCAUCUGCGCCCCCUCCGCGCCCGCGAGAGCGCCGACGGCAUGCAGUGCCUGGACAGCAACCUCGAGCACCGGCUGGGCUGGGAGAGGGUCUUCGCGGCGCGGCUCGCGGCGUGGUCUGGGGCCGCCCUGCGGCAGAGCGCAGCUGGUGCCAGCGACGCCACUGGUUCUUCCAGCGGACGCAUCGGGUCGCUGCAGGAUAUCCUGAAGGACGUGACCGAGGUGUUCGUUUGGAUCACGCGCGGCGACGCCCUGGAGGCGGCCCUGCGCGAGGCCUGCGGCGCGGCCGGGUGGCGAGUCGCUGAGGAUGCACCCGACGAGACAGGCUUAUUCUCUGCCAGUGGGACGCGCUUGCGGACUGCGUUGGCGAAGGAUGAGUUGGACCAGGUCGAAGCCGACAUCGACGACCUUGUAGCAGCGGACAUCAAGGCACUGCGGGCCUCCGGCGUGAAGCCCGUCUCCAAGAUCGCCGUCACGUCAGAGGAGCUGCAAGAACUGGAACUUGCCUGGCCCAGCUUCAAGAAGCAGGUCGCGGACCUGGAGGGAGACUACCAAGCGGUGAUAGACGGGGCCAACGUGGGCCAGCAGAUGCAGAAUUGGGAUGGUGGUUGCUUCCAGUGGCGCGCCAUCGACGCAGUCCUGGAAGCUCACCAGAAAGCCGGCCGACGUGCGAUGGUCGUGUUGCGCAACCGCUGGAGGUUCGCCGAGACGAGCCAGCUAUCUAGGGACAUGCCGCAGGAGAGCGCCUCGAUCAAGCGCCGGCGCGCUGGCGAGGCAGAGGCGCCUGCUGCCGCCACGGACGCCUCCAAUUACAUCCCGGUGGAUCAGCGGACGGAGGUCGAGCUAGCAAAACGAUGGCGAGAGAAUGGACAGAUUAUGGUUGCACCAAGAGGCAUCAACGACGACAACGUUGCUAUGUUAAUCGCGGUUGUUAUGUGCAGAAGAGGAGUUCCAGACGUUCAGCUUGUUACAAACGACUUCUUAAGAGAUCACAAGCGGAAGGCUGACCAGUCGAGGCCUUUGAGGUUGUGGUUGGAUCGACAUGUAUCCCGCUACACUUUAAAAUAUGUUUCGCCAGAUGGCGAGGAGCGUUAUUUGAGAGAAGAAGCGGAGGCAGACGUUCUCAACGGUGCCGAGGCUGUGCCUGAAAGGCUAUUGAAGCCUGGCGAGCUCGAGGGCGUCAACCUGCUGCACAAGGUCCGGCUCUUCCCCCCGCUGAGGUACAUCGCGCCCGCGCAGGGCCACGCGGCGCCGGUCGCGUGGCACUUCCCGUUGGGAUCGGACUGGAUCUUCCCCAGGGGCCAGCACGGAGCGAUCGUGGAGCCGCCCACGUCGAAGAUGGCCGCCGCGCCACGGACGAAGCCCAAGGGGUCUGCCGCCAAGAGGCAAGUUUCAGAGGUGGGUGCUGAAGAACGUGAGUUUACCAACGUCGAUUCCAUAGCAGAGGCUCGGGCCCGCUUUGAGCGGAUCCGCCCGACUUAUCUCGUUGCGUGGGCACCUGAUGGUAAACCCGUUUAGCGGUGUUCGGGCGCGAACAAAUCAAAGUGCCGACGGUCUGGGACGAAAAGGCACGUAGGCAUGCAGGGUUCGGGAUUGUGGCUGAACGCGUUGGUUCGCGUCCACGUGGAUUCGAACACGAUUCUUGCGUUUAGUUCCUCCGUCGUGCAGCCGCGGUUCGGCCGGGUGCGGCCCAGGCGCGGCGGUUGCCUCUGCUCAGCGCUCCGUUGCGAGUCCGCUGCCGACGCAGAGUUAGGGAGACCUGGGCGCGGCAGCAACCGCUGCACCAAGAGGGGGGGGGAUCCGUGCUCUUGGGCGCGGCAGUCGUGCACGGCAUCGCAGCCGCAGGCGAUGGCGAGCAGGGCGCACCGAUUGCAUUACCAUGCGGAGUUGCA